GAGAGGGAAAGAAAAAAAAAAAAAGCAGCAGCAGUGCUGUUAAAAGAGAGAGCACACAAACGUGAGCAGGAGAGAAUAAUUUUUCCGUGCGGCGACGCAUGUUCUUUCUCGAACCCAGCUUCGAAAAAUAAAACCAGAAAAAAAGAUUUUUUUUUUUUGGAAAAAAAAGAUCUUCGGCUCUCAAAACUACCUCCUAAAGUUGUUAAUGGAAGGUGAGUCCCCCAACCGUAGAUCAAUUGGGUCUGUGCCGAAAAGGUCCAGCGCGUCCUCACGAGGCCAACACCAACCUUCUUCAUCUUCUUCUUCUUUCGGUUGUAAAGAAUUUCUUCGCAAGUUCGUUGAUUCUGAGAUUCUGACUGAAAAUCUCCAAGACUGGUUCUUGGCGUCGUCUCAAUUUGACGUUCCUUUCAACCUCACAGAGCUUCAGAAUUUCGAUUAUGCCCUCGAAGGCGUUUCUUUUCAGCAGUUGGUGCGGAUGCCGAGUGCUCUUCAUGCAUCCACGUCUGAUUCCAUUGAAGCCACUGCCCAUCUAGCCAUUGAAGAUUUUCUCCAUGCGGGUGCUAAGGGCUUGUGGGAGACCUUUUGGGGUCAUGAUUCUCCUAUGCCAUUCUCAGUGGCUUCCGUGCACAGCACGAGCUCCAAAUUCUAUCCUGCUGAAGAAGCCAUUGCUAGCGGAAAGCUCGAAGGGCUCUGCGCAACAGCUCUUUUUCUGAAAAAUCAACAGCAUUCGCAUGGAAAAUGGGAUCAGAUUCUGGAAUUAGCUUUGUUGAGGCCCGACAUCGUUUCAGUACAGAAUAGGCAAGAGCUUUCUCAAUCUGCUGUUGGGGAAGCACUUUUCUUUGCUCUCCGUGUUCUGCUUUCGCGAAGCCUCAGCAGAUCAUCGGCUGCUCUUCGCAAUUCCAGUUGCGUGUAUAUCCUUCCUGUCGAUUCGCAGUACGGUGGGGUGGUAACGGUCGAAGGAGAUGUGAAAAGAUUGAAAUUUGAUGUUAACAAUGUAUAUGAAUGUGCAGCUGAGUGGAUCAAACUACAUGCGAAAAUCACUGUUUCUUCAGUUGAUCGAAUCUGGAACAAGCUAGGAAAUGCCAACUGGGUGGAUAUCGGGGCUCUUCAUAUUCUCCUUGCCACUUUCCACUCUCUAAUUCAAUAUUGUGGAAAGCCUACGAAUUCAGUGGAAGAUUUAUUGAAACAACGUGGUUCUCGUAUCCAAAACCGGAGAAAAGAAAGAGAAUUGGGAGAGACAUAUGGUAAUGGAGAUGCUCUCUUUCGGUUCCAGAAACACAAUCGUUCUUCUGAAAUUGUUGAAGUAGAUGAAGGACCUGCAAAAGUUCGACCGGAGAGGAUCGAAAUAGGAUCCGUAUUAUGGGUUGAAGAUUCGCAUCGGCAAAAGCGUUUCCAGAUUAAUCAAGUGUUAACUGAUAGUCAAUAUCCCAUUUAUAGUGCGAGUCCAGUGGAAGAACCUGGAAAAACAUAUUUUCUUUAUGUCGGUUCCAAUCCUUCGCAAUUGGAAACGGCAUGGGAGGAUAUGAAUUCUUGGUACCAAGUUCAAAGACAGAUUAAAGUACUAACCAGCAUGAGGCAAAAGGGUCUAUCAGGCAAGCACUUGCCUCAAUUGGUCUCGUCUGGCCGAAUUAUUCACCCUGGCCAAUGUACUGCUCCUAACUCUAAAGGAAACUGCACUUAUCCAUUGUGUGGUACCCCUGUUCUUGUGACUUCCCCCUUUGGUCAAACUCUCUCUGAUCUAAUAAGGAACGGCCUAUUCGGUCCCCAAGAAGCCCUCAGGUGCUGCCAUGAUUGCUUGUCUGCUCUUGCUUCCGCUUCCUCUGCAGGAAUUAGGCAUGGAGAUAUCCGUCCCGACAAUGUUAUCCGAGUGAGCAAUGGUUUAAAUUACCCUUAUUUUGUCCUUAUUGGGUGGGGCCAUGCUAUUCUUGAGGAGAAGGACCGGCCCGUCAUGAAUCUUUACUUUUCCUCCAGUUAUGCUCUUCUAGAAGGGAAACUAUGUGCAGCAUCAGAUGCGGAAAGUUUGGUGUAUUUAAUUUAUUUUUCGUGUGGCGGGGAUUCCCCGGAGUUGGAUUCAGUCGAAGGGGCCAUUCAGUGGCGGGAGGAGUCGUGGUCAAGGAGAGCUAUACAGCAGAAGCUGGGGGACAUCUCAGCUGUGCUAAAGGCCUUCGCUGAUUAUGUAGAUAGCUUAUGCGGGACUCCGUAUGCCAUCGACUACGAGAUAUGGUUGAGAAGGUUUAGAAGAACGAUUGGUGAAGAUCAUGGGAAGGAGAUCGUUCUGUCUAAUUGAAGUUUUAGCGAUAGCUUUAUAGUUUACACAGCUAUGAAUGGUGCUAGGAGGAGCCGUGGUGCUCGGAGGAGCUGAGAGCGUUCGAGAGUUCAAAGUUCUCAAGUUUCUGCUUAAGAUACUGAAGUUACAUUGAGGAAGUUCCUUCGUAUGGCGGAUUUGUGGAGACGUGGAUUUCAUGAGCUAUUAGGCCGAGCUUAUUUUUGCGUUCCUUCGAAGUGCUAGGUAGAACUUCCUCAUGAUUGUUUCCUCAGUAACUGUUCCGAACUUUGGAUCAUUUUCCGGGACAAAACCUAACCUCCUCCAUCAACCAUUCCCUUUAGAUCUUAGGGGUCCCCUGGUGUGAUUUUGUUUUUUAAAGAACUUCAUGGUGUUUUUUUUUUUUUCUUCCUCAAAUUUCAGAUGUUAUUUUGUGAUUAGAUUCCUCUCACUCUGUAAUUUUAUUGGGGAAAGUUAGGUGGGUUGUAGUGAUUUGUUGGGAGUGUUGUAUGAAUGGUUUUGGCUUACAAAUUGUGUAAAUGUAUAUUUGUCAAUAUCAUUAUUUACUACUGGUCUGUUUGGAUUGGCA